AUGGAUGUGGCAAUCUUGACUCUGAAUUGCGCCAAGUCUAAACAGUCGCUCAAAAAGUUUGCUAAGCUCGUAACAGAGUCUUUGCCGGCAGAGUCUCCUGGCCUAUUUGUCGUUGGGUUGCAGGAAGUCGCACCGAUCAUUGCAGCUUCGUUCAAGGAUUUGAAUGCAUACAUGGAGCCGAUUCGACGGGCAAUUGUUUCUGCGUUGGCCAAAAAGUAUAGCGGAGUCCAAUUUUCUCUCGUUGCAGACUCAUGGUCUGGCGCUAUUGGAGUGAUGGUGUAUGCCCAGCGAUCCAGAACGAUUCGGGAUGUGAAGACCGCAUCAACAACAUUCGGACGUUUCUGGAGCAGCGUUAAAUCUGCUGCAGCGGUGAGAUUGGAGGUGGAUAGUACAACCUUCACAUUUGUAACUACACAUUUGGCCGCGAACGAGGGCUAUGCACAGGAUAGAAACCGCGAUUAUGCCAUUUUAGCCAAUGGAUUGAGGUUCAAAGGCGAGCCAAUGUACGUAUAUGGACCAAACCACCAUUUGUUUGUGUUUGGUGACUUGAAUUAUAGAUCGCUGAGACAACAAGGCGAUGGUGGAAGUGAAGCAAUCGGAAUGCUUGUAUCGAACUAUGAUCCCGCUAUUGACGAGCUGCACAUCGAGAAAGCAGCCGGGAAUACUCUUUGGGGGUUGACUGAGGCACCUAUCAACUUUGAGCCUACAUUCAAAUUUGUGCUAGGCACUUCAGAUUAUGAUCUCAAACGAACGCCCUCUUGGUGCGACAGGAUUUUGUAUUCAGACGUAAACUCCCACGUUUCUGAAUAUUCCAGCGUUCCAGAUUACCUUGAAUCCGAUCACAAGCCUGUUUAUUUGCACGUCACUGUAUCAGAAAGUGCCCCGUUACAAGUGCGUGUGCCCUCUGCUCCAUAUGUUACCAAAAACUUCUCUGAUGCGUCAGAUAAGGUUGUUGGAAGUGCACUGUACCUGGGAACCACUAAAGUAGGCUGGUUCAUCCUGGUCUUACUGGUUCUUCUCGGGUUGUACAUGGUCACGUGA